AUGAUUAUUGGAUUUGGUCUCUUGACGCUUCUGAACGCGAGCUCGAGCACAGGUGCAUGGAUGGUAUACCAAAGCAUGAUUGCAGCAGGAUCAAGCACCAUCCUCAGCAGUAUCCUUCCCGCUAUCCAGACUUCGCUCUCUGAUGAAGAUCCUGCUGCUUCAACUGCUCUUUUUGCAUUCAUUCGCAGUUUUGGCGCUAUUUGGGGUAUCGCAAUUCCUGUAGCUGUCUUCAAUAAUCAGUUCCAUAGGCUGCUGUAUCUGAUUCAAGGCCCAGCUGAAGGUCCACCCUGGCGAAUGGAUAAGCAUAUGAUUAUGCUUCGAGCCUAUUUAUUGACGCAUUUCGGGAACUUGAGAAGCUAG